AUGGAGUUCGAAGGGUUCGAUCUAGAAAAUCCGUGCUAGGUCUAGAAGUCUGAAGAAGAGAGGAGAUUAGAAAGGCUUUAGACUGGGUUUAUCACAAUUCAGCAAUAUUCAAUGCAUGAAAAUAGAAUAAUUAAAUAAGAAGAUUAAAUCAAAAAAAAAUAAAGGAAAAUGCUUCAAAAAAUAAUGCAAUAAACGAAUCAUUUGAGUAAUAAAAUGCAACAGGAUUAGCGCAGGAGUUACCAUAAUUUUGGGAACGAUUCAUAUAAGUUUAUGAAUAACCAUCAAAAUUAGUAAUACUAAUCUAAUUAGCACAAUGAGUAGAGUUAUUGUAAUAACUUCCACCAUAAAACUCAUAUGAAUAACGAAAAUAAUGAAGAAAACAGCAGCAAUUUGAAUAUUUGCAAUUAAUAUUCUGAACAAUAAUUCUAAAAUUAUGAUUAGCCACCUGAUUAUAUGCACGAUGAAGAAGAGUGGGAAGAAGAAGAUGAAGAGGAAUCUUAAUUUUUACUAGAAGAUGAAAUACUUUUAGAUUUAGAUUUCUUUAAUAAAAAAGGAGAAGAAAAUAUAGAUAAGUGUAUCAUGGAAAAAGUGUCUAUUUGGAACGAUGUUAGACCUGUUAUUUAGGUGAUUGCAAAGAAAAAUAGGAUUGAAAUAAUUUACGACAAUGGACAUAGGUUGCUAAAAGAUUUUAGAUUUUUGAUAAAAAAGCUAGAAAAAUAUAAAGAUAAUCAAGACGCAAAGUUUGCAAGCUAAUUGCUUUAGUAGCACUAAAAAAAUAUUGAAUUAGAAGAAGAUUUAUUUGCUAGAAUAGUUAAGUAUUAUGAUCAUGAAAUGAAUAUCCUUUAUGACAUGGUUGCAAAAAAUUAUGAGAAAUCUAAAUAAAUUGCUUACAAAAUAAUAGAUUCGAGAGAUGAGACAUAACUGUUUGCUUUUUCUAUCCGCAAACUCAAUCUUGAUGAUGGUAUUCAGCAUAUUUCAGGUCCUUUUGGCUAUUCAAAACCUCUCGUUGAUAUAUUUGGAGGAGAUAUGGGAACUUAUGUGAGAUUUAUCAUGAGAAAAGGUGUUAUUGAACAUUUUAACAGACAAAGCCAUUUUAUUAUAUUUCUUAUGAAGUUAAGAAUUAUUGAUAAAACUGAUUUGACUGUCGUAACGCUUGAUAACAUUAAAAUACCUAUUUCAGUCUCUUUGGAGAGACACUCUUUGAGUAAAAUUCAAGUGAUGCCUGAUUGCUAUUAAGAAGAUUAUUUGAAAAUAUAUAAUAUUUUUAUUAAAGAUGAAAUUCUCAAGCAACUUCAAGAUAUGCGUCGCUCAAAAGAAAACUUUUAAAAUACAAUAUAAGGCUUAGAAGAUUUUGAAUAUUUUAUGCAAAGUCAGAUAUUCUAUGAUAAAUUUUAUAAGAAGUAAAGACAUUCUUCAGAUUCUGCUAAGAUGUGCAGAUAUAGAUACUUAGACAGAAGCCAAACAAGUAGAUACUAAGGUAAAUCUCAGCGAAAAUAUUGUGAAGAAUAUCUCCGUAACUUUUAAGGAUAGUUUAAGAGAAAGAAGAUAUACAAAAAUUCAAAUCAACAAGAAUAAAUAUAAAAAGAAGGUAAAAAAAUUUUAGAAAAUCAAAGCAAUUUUAAAAAUCUGUAGCUAAUGUAAGGCUUAUAUUUAGAUGAAGAUAUUAUAGACCUGAAAGAAAAUGGAAAAAAUAUCAACGGUUCACAAGUUGAUAUCCAAAUCGAUAGUUAGACUGUUAAAUAAGAGGAGACAGAUCCUGAUCUGUCAAACUCAAACCAUAAUAAAUAAAGCAUAAAUAUACAACAAAAUAUCAAUAGCUCCUCAGGUAAAAACUAAAGUGACGAAACUUCAAUUAAAAAAUGUGUUGAAUAAGAUGAAAAUAUAAAUCAAAGCGAUAAAGAUGAUUAAAACUCAUCUAUACUAAAAAAACCCAUACGUAAAAGAAAUAAAUCUUAAUAAUCAGCAAAUAAUUUGAAAAAGUAAUAAAAAAAAUCUGAUCUUGGAGAUUAAUAAAAUAAAUUUUCUUCAAAAGAAAACAACCUUUGA